AUGUGUAGGUUCCAGGUUCCCCCACCUACUUGGGACCUCGUGUAUGCUCCCAUGCUGCUGGGCCUACUGGUGCUGCUGGUGGCAGUGCUGCUGUCCACCAUGAUUGCGGUGUUGGCUUGGAAAAGACGAAAUAUAGAGGAGGAUGUGAAGGAGAUUCAGGUGUGCACGGCCAUCUUGGAGAGAGCUGAGCGGUCCAAGAGUGAGGCGGUGGCCAGCACGUCGCAUGAGCUGCGCACCCCAAUCAUUGGCAUGAUGGGCAUGAUAGAGGAAUUGUUGGAGUCGCCAUUGGAGGAGUGGCAGCGGGCCGACCUGGUAGAUGCAAGGGCGUGUGCGGGCGAGACGGUGGAGCUCAUCAACCGAGUGUUGGACCUCGCCAAGCUGCAGGCCGGCAGGCUGCAGCUCGAGACUCUCCCCUGCUGCCUGCGCCGCAUCUUUCGUGAGGCGACUACAUUUGCGCCAGGGAAGAACUUACCAGCAAGUGCCAUGAACAACACGGCAACAGGCCACAUAACCAUCCGUGUUUCGUGCAUUCCCCCUCCACACGUCGCCAGCACGCCACCUCCACCCGCUGCUGUCCCAGGCGCCACACAAGCCUCCUCUCAGCCGCCCCCACCAGCCUCAGCGUGGCAUCAGCUGGCCGGCUGUGUGCAGCGCUUCCCUCCUCACACUCGCCUGCUCUGCCUCCCCCAGCACUGCCCGGCCAGCCAAGGGGGGCCUGUGGGCAACAAGGAUGGGCAGCCGUGUGGGCAGGUGCACAGCAGAGACAGUGUAGGCAGUGCAGAUGACAGGCAAGGGGGGGGUGGGCAGUUGGAGGAGGAGGUGAGGGAGUGGGUGGAGGGGGCGUGUGCUGUGAGGGAGGAGGGCGAGUGGAUGGUGGUGGUGGCAUGUGAAGACACGGGCAGUGGUAUACCACCUGAGGAGCUGUGGGGGUUGCUGGACCCACAUGGCAUGCAUGGCGGCGGGCAACAUAAAGUCAUGGAGAGAAUUCGGUCGCUGGGGAGGGCGGAGUCAUGGAAGAGCCUAGGGAGUUUUGAGUCGACUCAAAACUCAUUCGCUUGCAAAUUCCUGGUUUUGAUUUGGCAGGAGAGAAUACGGUCGCUGGGGAGGGCGGAGUCAUGGAAGGGCCUGGUGAAGUCGUCAUCGUGGCGGCAGAGGGAGCGCAGCACGUGGGAUCCGAUGCAGCGCGAUCGCAAGGCAGCUGCUGGCCCCCGCUGGACGCCCUACCCUGUUCGCUUUCUGCUCUCCACCUCCCUUGUGAGCUUCCUGCUCUCCACCUCCCUUGUGAGCUUCCUGCUCUCCACCUCCCUUGAGCUUCCUGCUCUCCACCUCCCUUGUGAGCUUCCUGCUCUCCACCUCCCUUGUGAGCUUCCUGCUCUCCACCUCCCUUGUGAGCUUCCUGCUCUCCACCUCCCUUGUGAGCUUCCUGCUCUCCACCUCCCUUGUGAGCUUCCUGCUCUCCACCUCCCUUGUGAGCUUCCUGCUCUCCACCUCCCUUGUGAGCUUCCUGCUCUCUACCUUCCUUGUGAGUUCCCUAGCACAUCCGUAGCAGAGAUGCGGGGGGGCAUGGCAGUGCUGUCAGACGCCGCCACAGGCACCACCAUUCUGCUGGCGCUGCCCAUGGGGGAACAGAAGGACGCCAGCAGCACAGGAGUGGGAGAUGGGAGUGGUGAGGAAGCUGGCAAGUCAGCACAGGCUGGUGAGGAGGAGCGUGUGGAGCAAGAAAGCGAAUCGCAGGGAGGCACGGAGGGGCCAGCCAGUACUACCGCGGCUCUCCCUCACUCUCUCCCUCACUCUCUCCCUCACGCUGCUGCCGCUUCGCAACCAACUUCGCCGCCACAACAAGCAGCAGCGACGCAGCCAGCCUCGCCGCUGGUGCGGGCACGCACGUUCCCAGAAGUGGAGUUGGAGAGGGCCGUGGGGGAGGCGGAGCGGGUGGUGCGGGGGGUGGUGGCGGGGCGGGGGGUGGCGGUGGUGGAUGACAACGCGGUGAACCGCAUGGUGGCGCGCAGAACGCUGCAGGGCUACGGGGCGCACGUGCUGCUGCUGCCCUCCGGGGAGGACGCGCUGCAAGCGCUCUCCUCUGCCGCGCCCUCCCCGCCCAUCCACCUGCUGCUCCUCGACCUCCACAUGCCGCCCGGCAUCGACGGAUUUGAAACGGCUCGUCGAGUGCGUGCUUUGGAAAAUGCACAGCAGAUGAAAGUGGAAACGAAUGCAACAGAGAUAUGUGAAGUAGCCGAUACGAGGGUAGAUGAUGCAUCAAAACAGCGGCUUUGCAUCAUAGCAUUGACUGCGGACUUGGAUGCAGGGAUCAAGAGAGCAUGCUUAGAGGCGGGGAUGGAUGGAGCAGUGAGCAAGCCGAUAGUGGCUCAGGAGCUUGCUGCAGCGCUCUCAGCUGCAGGGUUAGUACAUAUUUUGUAG